UAGUAAUGAUCCUAGCCCGGAUCGAGGAUCUCAGCUACCCCACGCUAUGGCUCUAUACGCCCUAUUGUAUAUGGUCAUUUCCUUCGUACCACUUCUUCCCUCCUGGGUCAGUCUGUUCCAUCGAGACUAAAUUGUUUAAGUACUUAAUAUUAAACCAUUCCAUUGACAUCAACUCGGAGGUGCUUACAUUUUUGAUACGAUGGAAAAGUCACACGUGUGCUAUGCCUUUUUCUCUUCCGUUAUGGCCAUCAUUCAAAGACUUCCGUACUGUGCUCUGAUACUCUGGUUUAAACUUGCAUUUGGCGAGCCCGAUCCUUUGUGGAUGGUCAAAUCAUCCUUUCUUGACUCAAAGCCGGACACUCAGGAGCUCUCAAUCAUUCAUAUCGACACGUUCGUUCGCGCAGCUCACUUGCGGUCCAUCUUUGGCGGGGGAUUUGUCCAAGAGAAAACAAAAUCAUCAUACUUUCGAAAUAGCAUCUUGAGUGCAAGCUUGGUCGCUUCAAGUUAACGGCUGCCCGGAUUCUAUGACUUUACCUUUCCUUCCGGCCAUGUGAAGCGACUGCAACGCUGCCAUGCACAACUAUCGCAAACACUGUUUGUGAUCGUUGAGC